UGCCCCUGCGCUCCACUGCAGUCUUUUGGAUAUCUCUCGUCGGAGAGAACAAGACCAUGAGAGAGGCCGCAAGAAGAGAUUUCUUUCUGCGGCUUUGAGAGGCAGACCCAGGUUCCUGCUUGCUCGCGUGACCUCCCCAUCAUGCUAAUUGCGCAGUUCCAUUGAAGUUGGCUCUCCGAGAAUCUUGCCCAUCUCCAGAAUCUGGGCCUAAUCGACGACCUCGCAAUCUAGGCUUACUCACCAGAGCGUCAGCAGGUGUAGAUAAUUAUAGAAUGGCUUGCUCGGUGUCCUUGACAUCCCCCAUUUGCUUCCACAAUGCGAACAACGGGAAGACUGCACUGAAUCCUAGCCCAAUCAAGACGGCAAAGGCAACACCGAGGUUGAGAACGUUUACCCAGUUCGCGAUUCCGCCCCUCUCCACUGCGGCAGCCGACUUUGCGUCCGUGGAUGGCGCAGCAAUCGCCGUCAUUGGCGGCAGCUCAGUGGCUGCUUUGGCCGCUGUGCUCACACUGACGGAUCCAGAGAGGAGGCGGCAGCUCCAGGCAGAGGAGGUGGGCGGUAAAGACAAGGAGGUGGUUAGGGAGUACUUCAACAACUCAGGGUUCCAGAGAUGGAAAAAGAUAUAUGGCGAGACAGAUGAAGUCAAUAAAGUCCAGCGUGACAUACGGCUUGGGCACUCCAAGACCGUGGAGAAUGUGAUGAAGAUGUUGACUGAUGAGGGGUCUCUUCAAGGGGUCACCGUCUGUGAUGCUGGGUGUGGCACGGGGUGCCUCGCUAUUCCGCUGGCAAAGGAAGGCGCUAUCGUAUAUGCCAGUGAUAUCUCUGCUGCUAUGGUUUCCGAGGCUGAGAAACAGGCGAAAGAGCAGCUUCAAAUCACCAACGAUGACCAAUCAUCUCCUCCAACUAUGCCAAAAUUCGAAGUGAGUGAUUUAGAGAGCCUAAAAGGGAAGUAUGAUACGGUGAUAUGUUUGGAUGUUCUCAUACAUUACCCACAGAGUCAGGCUGAUGGGAUGAUCGCCCACCUUGCUUCACUGGCUGAGAGUCGGUUGAUUCUGAGCUUUGCUCCAAAGACGUUCUACUAUGAUUUGUUAAAAAGGGUAGGGGAAUUAUUCCCAGGACCUUCCAAGGCAACAAGAGCUUAUUUGCAUGCUGAGGCGGAUGUCGAGAGGGCAUUACAGAAGGUUGGGUGGAAAAUAAAAGAGAGAGGCCUAAUCACCACUCAGUUUUACUUUGCGAGACUUGUCGAGGCUGUUCCUGCAUAGAGGCAAUGGAGUGAGUGAGGCGAGGUUUUGGUUUUUUGACUUGUUAAUCAGACUGUAGUUUUGGAAAAGAUAGGAAGUUUGAACAUUGGUCAGAAUUUCUUCUGUAAAUUAGUUAUUCCAAAUCAAACUCCUUAAUUAAGAAAUUCUUGUUACAUUGGCAUUUUGUUAUGUACUUGAGUAAAUGUUUACACUUCAUGCUGCCAA